AUGGGGGUUAAAGGGUUGUGGUCUAUCGUGGCCCCAGUUGGAGUUAGGGUUAACCCUGAAAUUUUUACAGGUAAAAGAAUUGCAAUUGAUGUUAGUAUAUGGUUGUAUGAACUUACAUAUGCAAAUAAUUUGAAAGUGUUGAGAAGCAACUCAAUGGAUAACAUGAGCAUAUUUAAUGAUUUGUGGUUAGAUUUUUCAGAGAAUAUGAAUAAUGAAAUAAGAACUGAUAAUUUGAAAAAAGUACAUUUAUAUUUCUUUUUCCUUCGUAUAUGUAAAUUACUUUAUUAUAAUAUAAGACCAAUUUUUAUUUUCGAUGGAAAUCCUCCAGAAUUAAAAAGAAAAACAAUAUUUCAGAGAAACAUAAAAAAAAGAAAUCAUGAAGAAAAAUUUAAAAAAACUGCAGAAAAACUUAUUUAUAAUUAUUAUCAAAAAUCUUUAUUAAAAUCUUUGAAAAGUAAGAAUAAAAACGUGCCUAGUCAGAAAAAACAGAAUGAAGAAAAUUCUAUUUGUAAAAGCUCCUCAUUAAUAUCUUCACCCCUCCAAAAGAACGUGAAAUCUAUAAGUGAAGAUCACACUCUCAAAUGCAAGAUGAUCGAAAUAUAUGAUUGUAUUAAAGAAAAUGAUGCCUCUCUUAGUAGCAUGGUUGAGCAGGUUGGAAGUGUCAUUGUAAGCGUUAAGGAUGUUUUGAAUAUUUGCAAUGACGAUGAUUUGAGAAAAUUACAGGAUCAAGUUCUCAUGAUAGCCGAUUUGGAUGUUCUUACAGGGGAUGAGGAAGUGGUUGGAGAAAUUGGCAGAGCGGUGGGUGAAGAAAUGGACAAAGCGGGGGAUGAAGAAAUGAGUGGAGAUGUGGUCGAAGAAGAGUUUUUUUUCCCUCGAAGUGGCGAGAUAAAUAACUUAGAUAACGAAAUAGACGAAGCAAUUGUGAGGAAAAAACACAUUGCGAGAAAAAAAUAUUAUGAAAGCAUUCCAGAAAAUUUCAAAGGAUUUCUGUGUAUGAGGAGACCAGUUGACAUUAUCGACAUAAGCAAUUAUAAUACAGAUAUUAUGGAAUUCACACAAAAGUUGAAAGAGGCCAAGGAGAAAAGUAGCAAGAACAUUGAAGAAGCGCUAAAUGUGUCAUUUUUGCAAAAUGAGAAAACAUUUUCAAAAAGUGUUAGUAAUAGUGCUUCUGGGUUUGAGAAUGGUUUUACAUCAUCAGGGAAAGAAGCAAUUGAUUCUUUUUCGAAGUCUGAAGUUUUUGCCAAUAGUGUUGUGGAGCAAUAUAGAGAUAUCACUAAUGAUAGGUCGAUUAAUGGAGAGGCAGAUACACCUAAAAAUGGUGACUCAGUUAGAAAUGGGCAUGUUAGAAAGAGAGGGGUAAACGUGGUAGAUGAUGAUGCAACAUAUGUAGAAUCAUCUUGUGACGAUUCUCCAUGGUUCAAAAGUGGGAAUGAGCAAAGUGUAGAGAAGAAACAGUGUCAUGGUGGAGAGGAAGCAGGGCGUGAUGGAGAGGAAGCGGUGUGUGGUGAUGAGAGAUACCUAAUUAACACGAAUGAUAAGACACCAGAGAAAGAUGAAAACAAAAAAGAGAUAAACAUUUUAGAGCUACCGACAAGUUUGGAUAAUUCUAAUUUAUUCCUAGAAGGAAAAGACGAAUACAAAGUGUAUUAUGUAAACAAUGAGGAAAUAAAAAUUCCCCUUUUUAAAGAAAUUAACAAAGAUGUGUUUGAAAAGCUUCCAGUAAAAUUACAGUACCAAAUUUUGCAAGAUAUAAAGGAAGAAUGGUAUACAGACAACAGAAUAAAAGCUAUAAAGGCAAAGGAUGAUAUGGAUAUAUUUUCUCAAGUUCAGUUAGAAACUUACGUGAGAAUGAUCAAAACUGAUUUUGAAAUUGAAAAAUUAAAAAUUAAAAUGGCUGAAAAUAUUCAAAAUGUGGAAGGAGAGUUAAUCAUUAACAAAGAAUUGUCAAAACAUUUUGACAGUCUUAAUGCUCGAGAUUAUAACAACGUUAGUAGGGAAAAAAAAAAAAUAAAAAAUAAAAAAAAAAAAUACAUAAAUGAUAUUCUUAACAAUUGCUAUUUUGAAAACCAAGAAAAACAGUAUCAAGAGUUGUAUAUUAAGGAGGAGGAACAGGACGAGAAAAAUACAACCCCAAACCUGGUUCACGAUAAACAUAUCACUGUAGAGGCUUAUAAAAAAGAAGAGACUUUGGAUGCCCAAAUGAGGAAUUUAAAUCGGUAUAAAAAGGGAAACUUCUGUAAUGGACAAACGGUUGAGGAGAAGGAACGAAUCAAAAUGGAAAAUGAGUUUAAGCAAAACCUCCUCUUGCUUGAUGAUGAGCGAAUUUUUGGACAAGAUCUCCUUAAUGGAGCUCAAGAGAGGGGGCUAGUUGAAGAGAUGAAGAAAAUGGACGACACGGAAAAAAUGGUUGCUACAUCUGUAAGAGGAAUAAAUGGAGAGGUGCGUGCUGCCCAUCCCGGGAAGAAUUACGUCUCUGGAUUGCACACAAGGGGAAGCUGCCUUAGUAGCGGCCGUAGUAGAAGCCCAAGUAGCAAGCACGGAAGCAGCGAUGAUGAUUUUGAAAAUUGUAGCAUUGAAGAAAAGGCAGGUGUCGAAGAACAUCAAACAGAGGGGAAAGAAAAUCAUGUGAUUGAUCUGAUCAGCAGCGAUGUGGGGGCGGUGAAAGGAAAAAUGCAAAGGAGCAUAAAUGGGAGUAGUAGCAGUGGUAGAAGUAGAAGUGGUAGAAGUAGCAGAGGUAGAAGUAGCAGUGGUAGAAGUAGCAGUGGUAGAUGCAGCAGUGGUAGAAGUAGCAGUGGUAGAUGCAGCAGUGGUAGUGGUGAUGUUCCCAUGAUGGCUCGAAAGGAAAAAGGGACAAAUUGGUUGCAUUCUCGUGAGAGGUGUACUACAUCUGGUGUAGACAUCGUGAGAACAAGUUUGGAGAAUGGAGAAGCAAGUAAGGAGGAGUGCGAACUAAGCGAGAACCACAUCCUAAUCAACAAUGUUGAAAACACAAGGGAUGAUAGAAAUGAAUGUAUAAUCAUUCAUGAUGACAAGAUAAGCAAUGAAACCGAACAGAUUAGGCAAAAUAAUUCUACAGAUGAUAGAAUAUUAAACAGAUUGAGCAAAUAUUCAAAGUUUCUUGAUGAAUCACAAAACGUGUUAAUUUUUUCAUCGAUUGAGAAGAACGCAGAAAAAACAAAAUUGAGUAAAAUGUCUUACUCAUCCGAGGAGGAUUAUCCCAGAGAAACGAAACACCCCAGUAGUGAUAUGGUAGUAGUAGAAGAAGAAAAACCCCUCAGUAUGGAAAGUAAUGAAAUUUCUGAGAUAGUGAAAAAUGUGAAGGAAAAAAAAGUAAAAAAAUUCAUGAGCAAGGAAGAAAUAAAGAACGUGUUGUUGAAUAAAGUAGUGGAUUUGAAUACAAUAGGUAAAGAUAGCCAUUUUGAAAAUUUGCUUAAUAAUAAAAUGCUGAUGGAUCAGUUUAGGAAGGAAGAAGAUGAUACAUGUAGGGAUGGGGAAUAUUUGAAGUGUCCAUUCGGAAGAGAGCAAUCUGGAGAAUGGAAGCAAAAGGAGAAGAGUGUUACAGGUCAGGGUAUCGAAUUGGAGAAGAGAAGUUUUUAUCCUCAGUUUAAAGAUUUGGAAGAGAGUGAAGUGAUCGAUUCGUACAUAGAGAAAACGAACAGAGAGAAUGAAGAAUUAAUGAAAGAAUAUAAAAAAUUGAAAAAAAAUAAUAUAGAAAUAAAUGAUGAAAUGAAUGAUGAUAUAAAAAUUCUUUUAGAUUUAUUCGGAAUUCCUUAUGUGCAAUCACCCUGCGAAGCAGAAGCUCAAUGUUCUUACUUGAACAGCAGAAAUUAUUGUGAUGCAAUUAUAAGUGAUGAUUCAGAUGUGUUAGUGUUUAGUGGGAAAACAGUAAUUAAGAAUUUUUUUAAUAGGAAAAAAACAGUUGAGGUGUAUGAAAAAAAGUUAAUAGAAGAUAAAUUAGGACUAUAUCAAGAGGAGCUGAUUAACCUCUCAUUAUUAUGUGGGUGUGAUUACACAAUAGGAGUACAUGGAGUUGGAAUUGUAAAUGCAUUGGAAAUUAUAAAAGCUUUUCCUACUUUUGAAGAUUUAAAAAAAUUAAAAGAAAUUGUAUCUAAUCCGUUUCGAGAAAUAAAUCAUGAGGAUAAAUAUUUUCAAAAUGAAGAAGUAAAACAUUUUUUAGAAACACAUAAAAAUUACAAAUUUAACUGGAUAUUUCCUAACAACUUUCCUGAUAGGGAAGUGUACAAAUGUUUUAAAUAUCCAAAGGUAUGCACUGACAUUCAGAAGUUUGAAUGGCAUUUCCCCAAUAUGAAUAGUAUCACCAAAUUUUUACACAAAGCAACCAACAUUUCUGAGGACAAAAUUUUUAGUGUGUUAAAUCCAAUUUUACAGAAAUAUGAUGUUAAGGUACGAAGUUAUCAACUAAAAAUUGAUGAUUUUUUUCCCAUUAUUGAAAGAAAGAGAAAAAAAACUGUCAAUGAUUUAAUUGACAUUAUUCGAGAAACAAAAAAGGGAAAGAAGAAGAGAACAGAUAGUUUAAUAACUUCAAAAAUGGAACAAAGUAGGAUAACAUCUCUCAUCGAUUUGAAACCUGCUGGGGUUAUCCGAUCUAAGAGAAUGACUACAGCACUUGACCAUAUAAAGGAUAGGGCGCGUGCUAGAAAGAAGGGGCCGGUCUAA